AUGGGUUUGACUCCAGAGCUCGAAGAGCUCAUCAAGAACAACGACGCCGAUGGCCUGGAAGCCAAAUUCACAAAGCAAGGACGACCUCGAAAAGAGACGAGGGCCGUCACACAGAAAGAUAAAGAUCAUUGUCUUGAUGUGGCGAUGCCACAUGCGGAUUUCGACGUCCUCGAAGUAUUGUUCAGACACGAGGCUAAGUUGUCCCGUCAGUCAUUUGAUGCUGCGUUGGAGAGGGGAAACCAGGACACGAGCUUACUGGAUCUGAUGCUCAAGUGGGGAUGGGAUGUAGGAGGUACGGGGCUUUGGUAUGGAGAAAGCGUGGCUGGCGCUUCGAUCUAUGAAGAGAACACUCUUCGCUGGGUGCUAGAACACGGCGCAGAGCUGAAUGUCGUUUCGAAUCCUCGGUUGGUAGGCUCAUGCGCAGACUUCGCUACACCGUUACAGAAGGCGGCUUCGUGUGGCUCGGUGAAGGCCAUGGACAUUUUGCUUGAGUUUGGCGCCAGACCGGAUGCGUCGGUCAUCUUUCAUGCUAUCCGCUCGCAGGUUACCGAAUCGGUGGAGUUUCUGCUUGCAAAGGGUGUACCUCCGGAUGUUGUGUCGCAGACAUGGGGUACGCCGCUGAAGUGCGCUGUUCGGUGCCGUAAUGCAGAGGCGGUGGAGGUUUUGCUCGCAUGUGGCGCGGAUCCUGAGGUGAUUUGCUUUGGGUCGACGGCUGCGGAUGAUGCUAGGAAGCGUGGGGAUGUUGGAAGCGAGGAUGAAGAGGAGAAGUAA